ACGCAAGAGGCAACUAACAACUGGCAACAAUUGUAAUCUAUAAGUCAAACAGCAAAUUUUACGUCAAAUGUGAAGUGAAAUGUGAUGUAUAUUGUUUGUAUUUUGUUGUGAUUCAUUAUUAAUUCAGUAAAAUUAUUGUUAAACAAUCAAUAAUAUAAAAUAACAAAUUCAGUAAACAUGACCGAAGUAUUGCCCGCUGAGGAAGCCAAACAAGACCGUGUGGAAACCAUACUCAAAGGGUUCCAGAUUAACUGGAUGAAUCUUCGAGAUGCCGACACAGGCAAGAUCCUUUGGCAGCACAAUGAGGAUAUGUCGAGUACUGACGUAGAGCAUGAGGCCAGGGUUCCUAAAAGGAUCCUGAAAUGCCGAGUGGUCUCCCGUGAAAUGAACUUCAGCUCUAUAGAGUCUAUGGACAGAUUUCGGCUGGAACAAAAAGUGCUGUUCAAAGGCCGCUGUCUAGAAGAAUGGUUCUUUGAGUUUGGCUAUGUGAUCCCCAACUCUACCAACACUUGGCAGUCUGUGAUCGAGUCUGCACCAGAGUCUCAAAUGAUGCCAGCAAAUGUAUUGAAUGGUAAUGUGGUGAUCGAGACAAAGUUCUUCGAUGGAGACCUGCUGAUAACAAAAUCGCGAGUCAGACUAUUCUAUGUGUAAAUCAUUUAACAUAGAAAUGAUGCAUUUACUAGUCGCCAUUUUUAAGCAUUUUUGUCGUAAUAACUAAUAAAAUAUAUGUCUUGUAGUAAUCUUUCCAGGCAGAAACCUUUUUCGAUAGAUAUCACAAGUGACCUUAAAAUUCAAAAUUUUCUUAUUACCUUCACAUUUGUAUAAAAAGACAUCUUAUGGCAUAAAAAAUUGAAAAAAUAUGUGAUUGCUUACAAAUAACAUUAAGUAGUAUUUUGAAAUUCCAUAUCUGAUAUGUGUUAAUAUAGAUUUAUUGUUGUAAUGUGUAAAAAUAUUAUUUAUCAAUUAUUUUUGUAAGAUAAUGUUGGCACAAAGGUGUUUUAGUUUAUAAUUAUUUGCUUUAAGUUGUUGCAAUGCAGCAAUACUAUUUGUUGAUGCACACAUAAUAAAUAGCACAAAAUAGCUUUUUAAUCAUAUUAUAACUGGUAUUAAUAAUUUACAUAUACUCUCUAUCCAGAUUAGCAACUAUGGUGUCUGAUACCAUAAUUGCAACUGAUAUAGUUACUAAUUGUCAGUUGCUUUCUUACAAUAUUUUAUAACUUGGAUUUUAUACUGAACCAUUUUUCAUUAUGUGUGGUUAUCAGUAGACAAUCACUGUGAGCUCACGAUUUCCUAUUUAUUGUAAACAAAUUCACUAAUAAAUGUAUGUGCUCUA